UCAGACUCCGCUGCCGACCCAGAUCGAUCUACUCCCACUCCGCCUCCCGCCGCACAUAUACCUCGCCGUCCUUCUCCUCCCUGUUCCCCAUCCGCCACGCUCGCGCGCCGACCAGCCAUCUGAUCCUCUCCGGCGGUGCUGAUGGCGAGUGUCCGCAUGUCCCGUCGGAACAACGAUGCAGAUGUCGUCGGCGAGUGCAUCGAGAAGCUCCACGAGAAGCGGCGCGCGGCGCGGGAGGAUGGCGUGAAGGCCCUCGUGGCGGCGCUCGAGGGCUUGGUGCCCGUCGACGAGCUCGACUACCGCUACUUCACCGUCUUCGACCGCUGCUGCGCCUCCCUCCUCCUCCGCAAGGCCCGCCUCGCCUACCGCGCCAUCGGCCUCCUCGCGCUCACCGUCGACCCCGCCCCCGACGCCGGCUGCUCCAAGGACAUCCUCGACAAAUCCCUCCCCAUCCUCGAGAAGACGCUGCAGUCGUCGUCGUCCUCCGACGCGGCGGCCGCUCUCGAGUGUCUCGCGGCCGUGACCUUGGCCGGCGCGCGGCGCCUGGAGGACGCGGCGCCGUCCAUGAAGGCCGUCCUCGGCGUGAUCGAGCGCACCGCCGGAGAAGACACAAGCACUGAUCUGGUCGUCCUGCCCGCCGCCGUGUCUGCGUUCUCGGUGCUCCUCACCACCGCGGGCGACUUGUUGAGGACGUGCCGCUGGGGCUCCUUCAGAGAGGUCAUGAUCCCGUUCGGCGGCCUCGCCGAGCUCCUCGAGUCCGGCAACCCCGCCGUCCGAAUGGCCGCGGGCGAGGUGCUGGCCGUGUGCGCCGAGCUCAACCUGACGCGGCACGCCUCGCCCGGGGACCAGGAAGCGCUCGAGACCAGAGUGUUCGAACUGGCAUACGAGGCCGGCGACAACGAGGAUCAACAGGUUCUCUUCCAGAAAAUCGCGGCCGUGCUGAGUGAUGAAGAGUGCCCGAAGCCGGAGGAGUCGAUGGCGCCGCCGCCAUCGUCGUCGAGCGGGCGCGGCGUGCUCAGGACAUCGACGCUGGCGAGGAUGGUCCAGCUCAAUUUCCUGAAGCGGUUCCUUGGCAAGGGCUUCGACAAGCACGUCCAGGGCAACCCACUCUUCCGCGAAGAGGACUCCAGCGUCGCCGUCGCAGAUGAACUGCCAACCGAGAAGAUCAGGCAACGGGAUUGCCGGACCGAAAAACAGAGGAGCUCGGCCAGGAGGAUGGAUCGUGACAUUGGAUGGGAGAGCAAGAACAGAUUCCCGCACUAUGAUUAGUCCAUGGUUUAAUUUCUUUAGUUACUUCACUGAUCGUGAUUCGUGACAUUGGAUGGGAGAGGAAGAGUACUAGUACCUAGUAAUUCGGGGAGGAUUUAGAUUGCUUAUUCAAGUUACUUUUGCUGGCACCACGUUAUUUUUGGAACAUUUUACAAUUUACAUUGUGGUCGAAACUCCAGAGAAAACAAGUAUAUUGUACUAGCUCCGAUGCAUAUAAAGUGUCGCCCAGGGAGUACUGUGUUAGUACAGUGAGUUCUGUAGACACAGCAAAUUUUAAGUUCACACUCAUUCAUUUC